CCAGCUGCUUCAUAGUUAGGGUUGACGAGACGACACGUGACUGCGUCUCUGCUCGCCCGUGAAGUGACCUCGAAGGCGUCGGAUCCUCCUGCCAAGGAAAGAGGUAACCUUGUUCUAAAUAUCGCGACAAAUCGAACGCUGCGAAACUGUAGGCCCGUUUACGGCGCGCUCUGAAGACUCACACCAUCACGACUAUGGCCAUAGCCGCCUCUCUCUUACCUCCAGUCUCUCCAGAUGAGUGCAGGACACGCCUGACUUCAGUUCAAACUUCCCGCCUCAUCUUUAGUCGCAAAGUGGGCGGAGAUAUCCGGAGAUCACGUCUGUUCAACAGAUGUCUCUUGCCGAAAAGGACCGCAACCUGGUGCAGAUCUCACUCGCACGGGAACAGCAUGCACACACUGACGCCAGCUUCUGGGCCGACAAGGACCCUCUCUCUUUCCUGCGGAGAUGCGCCGAUCUCGCCACGCGUCUAGCUUCCCUCUUGCACGCCGACGGGCAGCACCACGCCGAGCUGUGCACGCCCUCCAUCCUCCGCACCUUCCUCUCGCAGUACCGGCUCCGCUACCUUGCCUCCAAGUGCUAGUCCCCCUCCAGGAGUCGAGGAGGCACUGCCUCUUCUGAAAACACCGGACGAGGAGGAGAAGAUGAAGAUGCAGAAACUUUCUUACUCGGAGCACUAUUCACAUUUGGGUGACGUUACAGCGGCUUCGCUCAGUGCUACAGACGGAGCUCACGAGGGGCCUGGGGAGCCUUACAGGAUGCAGUGUGUGUGUGUGCAAGAGAAGCGUUGCGGACGAGACACGUCUACUGCAGUGAAGCUCUAGACUGGCUCUGCGAUCACCACGCACUGAGCGGAGACGCCGAGAGCCCUUCUCUCCCUCGAGCUACCAUUCAAGAAACAGUGCGCGACGAGGAGGAGCGGAUGCUGCCGAGUUCUCGUACAUGGCAAAACUGAGCACAACAAAUCUACCGAUGUCCGCCAUGCCACUCUGCGUCAAAGACGCCCAAUCUGAAACCUCUGGGGCGUCGCGAAAACUCUGACGUAGUUUGGAGCAAAAACACGCUCAUCGCUUUUCAAGAGCAGAAUAUCCACGGCGUGCUACGAGCUGACGGCGCGGGAACUUACUGCAGAAGACCCUUCCAUCCCCGUCGCUGCUCCGCUACACAGUCCUGUGGUGUGUGGAGAUGAAUGAAGAAACAGGCACAGUAGCUUUUUCCCUCGUGGCACAAACUAGUCGUAAACUUUCCCCGUGUGCUCUCUUGCUUGUUCACGGGUCAGCUGUGCUACUACUCACCUUACAGAACCACCAGAACGCGGAGAGUGUACCUCACACGGGCUCUGAUCUCGACGGAACUUUGCGCACACCGCACACCUCGCGUUUGGCGUGUCGUUGUCGACCGCAGGGCGAGCACGAUCAGGCGAUUUCGGCCAUUCUCCAUCAAGGCGCGAGAACCAUGGAGAGGAAUGCCGCGCGUCCUGUUCCUGCACCUCG